AAAAAAAUCAGAAUGCAAGACUAGUAGGAGAGAGUUGAGUUGAGGUGGGUGUGGUGAAAACAGUGACAAAAGUUGAGAGAGAGAGUGAAGAGAGAGUGGCCAUGGAAACUGCAAUAUGCGGUCGAGUCCCUCUUUCACCCAACAACGUUUUCAACCCUACAAAACUACCUGGUAUCUCAGGGGAUAAGUACGCAAAUUAUAAGCAAUGCAAUCAGCGGAGCAUUUUGAUGGCAGUAACAGCUGCUGGGGCAGGGAAAGGUGGAGGCUUAUUGGAGAAGCCUACCAUUGAAAGAACCACACCUGGCCGUGAAUCUGAAUUCGACUUGAGAAAAUCAAGGAAAAUGGCGCCACCUUACCGUGUUAUGUUGCACAAUGACAACUACAACAAGCGGGAGUACGUUGUUCAAGUGUUAAUGAAGGUCAUCCCGGGAAUGACCGUUGACAAUGCAGUUAACAUCAUGCAAGAGGCACAUUAUAAUGGCCUGGCAGUGGUGAUUAUUUGUGCUCAAGUUGAUGCAGAAGAACAUUGCAUGCAACUCAGAGGAAAUGGCCUUUUGAGUUCAAUUGAGCCUGCCAGUGGUGGGUGUUGAGUUUUAACUAGUAUAUUAUUAUCAGAAAGAUACAUUUCUUAGGCAACGGGGUUCGAUCCAUGUCAAGUACUACAAUUUCUGCUCAUAUGUACAUACACUGAGAAGGUCCUAUAUUAAGAGUAAAACCUUUGUUAUUAUGUUCGCCAAAGUUAAGCCACGACUACUACAACUAAUACAUCAACGUUGGUUUUAUUCAAAUGGACGUGGCUUCUGUGUGUACAGUUAUCAAUUUGUGUGCAUUGUAUUGAAAUUAUGGAGAAUAUUACCUUAGCAUGUGUUUCUGGCAUUA